GUAUCUGGAUCAAACCAACCCGAGCCUCCAGGAUGAGGGAUAAGAGAGCAGACUUCACGGCCGGUUGUCUGGGAGGAAGGGUCAUCGUUGCAGGGGGACUAGGUGAGCAAACUAACACCAUUCAACUUAACAUUUUCUACUUAGAAAUGUCAGCAGUCUUAACAUGAGCCUUUUAAUCCUAGAGGGAUAUUUUAGGAUUCUGAUUCACAGAUGUUAUAUUUCCCUUCCUCUUAAUUUUGUCUAAAGGCUGGUAAACGAGGGAUCUGCCCUCCAUUUAACAGCCAUCUGGGAGGAUUGUCUCUGUCUUUUGAGGCUGAAUAAGGCACCUAUUUAUUAUUCAUAGUGUCGGGUGGUUGAAAGCCAAAGGGAUGUUUUUCAGGGUGACAUUAGAUUGUCAUGCCGUUCAGAAGUUAGCCUCCUCCUCCUCCCACACUCUAUCACUGUAGUCUCUCUUGCUGUGUCUCCCAAACAUUCCUCACUAUUUUUGCCCUUUCCCUCUCACUGUCUCUUCGCUCACAUUUUUUCUUUCUGUUCCCUCUCAACUUCCGUCGGUCACUGUCACCCUCUCCCCUUAUCACUGAUACAAGAUACAUUGAAAUCUGUAUGGAUAAUAUGAUUAAAGCUGAUUUCAAUGAACUCGGGAGAGAUGGCAGUGUGUAGAGUGGCAGUGUCAGGGUGGAUGCUAUGCAAUUAUGUGACUCAUGCACACACACACACACACACACAAAGUCUCCCAAGCCUCCCCCAAGUCUCCUCACAAAUCCUAAAAAGUAUUAAGUAUUUAAAUAUCUCUUGCUCAUUUAAGGGAUCAGUUGAGAUAUUUAUGCACCCAUGACUUUAAUCAUUAUCCUCUUCAGCUGCUGUAAGGUUAAUGAAUCUAAAUGGAGGUAAACGUGUGGAGUGCCUAAGGAACUAGGUUCCUGAGGCAAAUAAAAUGCUCUUGGUCCAUUUGACACUGAACAGAACAUGUGGUCAAAUCCAAUUUAGUAAAAGGGAGACAUACAAGUAGGAUAGUUGUAGGAGAGGGUUGCUGGAUUGUGGGUAGGGUAGAUGUUGGGGAGGGAGCUGGGUUGUGGGUAGGAUAGGUGUUGUAGAGGGAGCUGGGUUGUGGGUUGGAUAGGGUAGAUGUUGGGGAGGGAGCUGGGUUGUGGGUAGAGUAGGGUAGGUGUUGGAGAGGGAGCUGGGUUGUGGGUAGGAUAGGGUAGGUGUUGGAGAGGGAGCUGGGUUGUGGGUAGGAUAGGGUAGGUGUUGGAGAGGGAGCUGGGUUGUGGGUAGGAUAGGGUAGGUGUUGGAGAGGGAGCUGGGUUGUGGGUAGGAUAGGGUAGGUGUUGGAGAGGGAGCUGGGUUGUGGGUAGGAUAGGGUAGGUGUUGGAGAGGGAGCUGGGUUGUGGGUAGGAUAGGGUAGGUGUUGUAGAGGGAGCUGGGUUGUGGGUAGGAUAGGGUAGGUGUUGGAGAGGGAGCUGGGUUGUGGGUAGGAUAGGGUAGGUGUUGGAGAGGGAGCUGGGUUAUGGGUAGAUAGGUGUUGGAGAGGGAGCUGGGUUGUGGUAGGAUCGGGUAGGUGUUUUGGAGAGGGAGCUGGGUUGUGGGUAGGAUAGGGUAGGUGUUGGAGAGGGAGCUGGGUUGUGGGUAGGAUAGGGUAGGUGUUGGAGAGGGAGCUGGGUUGUGGGUAGGAUAGGGUAGGUGUUGGAGAGGGAGCUGGGUUGUGGGUAGGGUAGUGGUAGGGUGUUGAGAGGGAGCUGGGGUUGUGGUAGAGUAGGGUAGGUGUUGGGAGAGGGGAGCUGGUUGUGGGUAGGAUAGGGUAGGUGUUGGAGAGGGAGCUGGGUUGUGGGUAGAGUAGGGUAGGUGUUGAGAGGGAGCUGGGUUGUGGGUAGUAGGGUAGUGUUGGAGAGGGAGCUGGGGUUGUGGGUAGAUAGGGUAGGUGUUGGAGAGGGAGCUGGGUUGUGGGUAGAGAUAGGGUAGGUGUUGGAGAGGGAGCUGGGGUUGUGGGUAGAGUAGGGGUAGGUGUUGGAGAGGGAGCUGGGUUGUGGGUAAGUAGGGUAGUGUUGGAGAGGAGCUGGGUUGUGGUAGGAUAGGGGUAGAUGUUGGGAGAGGAGCUGGGUUUGUGGGUAGGAUAGGGUAGGUGUUGGAGAGGGAGCUGGGUUUUUGGGUAGGGUAGUGGUGUUGGAGAGGGAGCUGGUUGUGGGUAGGGUAGGUGUUGGGAGAGGAGCUGGUUGUGGGUAGAGUAGGGUAGGUGUUGGAGAGGGAGCUGGGUUGUGGGUAGGAUAGGUGUUGUAGAGGGAGCUGGGUUGUGGGUAGGAUAUGUGUUGGAGAGUGACCUGGGUUGUGGGUAGGAUAGGGUAGGUGUUGGAGAGGGAGCUGGGUUGUGGGUAGGGAUAGGUGUUGGAGAGGGAGCUGGGUUGUGGGUAGGGUAGGUGUUGGAGAGGGAGCUGGGUUGUGGGUAGGAUAGGUGUUGGAGAGGGAGCUGGGUUGUGGGUAGGAUAGGUGUUGGAGAGGGAGCUGGGUUGUGGGUAGGGUAGGUGUUGGAGAGGGAGCUGGGUUGUGGGUAGAGUAGGGUAGGUGUUGGAGAGGGAGCUGGGUUGUGGGUAGGAUAGGUGUUGUAGAGGGAGCUGGGUUGUGGGUUGGAUAGGGUAGAUGUUGGGGAGGGAGCUGGGUUGUGGGUAGAGUAGGGUAGGUGUUGGAGAGGGAGCUGGGUUUGUGGGUAGGAUAGGGUAGGUGUUGGAGAGGGAGCUGGGUUGUGGGUAGGAUAGGGUAGGUGUUGGAGAGGGAGCUGGGUUGUGGGUAGGAUAGGGUAGGUGUUUGGAGAGGGAGCUGGGUUGUGGGUAGGAUAGGGUAGGUUGUUGGAGAGGGAGCUGGGUUGUGGGUAGGAUAGGGUAGGUGUUGGAGAGGGAGCUGGGUUGUGGGUAGGAUAGGGUAGGUGUUGUAGAGGGAGCUGGGUUGUGGGUAGGAUAGGGUAGGUGUUGGAGAGGGAGCUGGGUUGUGGGUAGGAUAGGGUAGGUGUUGGAGAGGGAGCUGGGUUGUGGGUAGGAUAGGUGUUGGAGAGGGAGCUGGGUUGUGGGUAGGAUAGGGUAGGUGUUGGAGAGGGAGCUGGGUUGUGGGUAGGAUAGGGUAGGUGUUGGAGAGGGAGCUGGGUUGUGGGUAGGAUAGGGUAGGUGUUGGAGAGGGAGCUGGGUUGUGGGUAGAGUAGGGUAGGUGUUGGAGAGGGAGCUGGGUUGUGGGUAGGGUAGGGUAGGUGUUGGAGAGGAGCUGGGUUGUGGGUAGAGUAGGGUAGGUGUUGGAGAGGGAGCUGGGUUGUGGGUAGGAUAGGGUAGGUGUUGGAGAGGGAGCUGGGUUGUGGGUAGAGUAGGGUAGGUGUUGGAGAGGGAGCUGGGUUGUGGGUAGAGUAGGGUAGGUGUUGGAGAGGGAGCUGGGUUGUGGGUAGGAUAGGGUAGGUGUUGGAGAGGGAGCUGGGUUGUGGGUAGAGUAGGGUAGGUGUUGGAGAGGGAGCUGGGUUGUGGGUAGGGUAGGGUAGGUGUUGGAGAGGGAGCUGGGUUGUGGGUAGAGUAGGGUAGGUGUUGGAGAGGGAGCUGGGUUGUGGGUAGGAUAGGGUAGAUGUUGGAGAGGGAGCUGGGUUGUGGGUAGGAUAGGGUAGGUGUUGGAGAGGGAGCUGGGUUGUGGGUAGGGUAGGUGUUGGAGAGGGAGCUGGGUUGUGGGUAGGGUAGGUGUUGGAGAGGGAGCUGGGUUGUGGGUAGAGUAGGGUAGGUGUUGGAGAGGGAGCUGGGUUGUGGGUAGGAUAGGUGUUGUAGAGGGAGCUGGGUUGUGGGUAGGAUAUGUGUUGGAGAGUGACCUGGGUUGUGGGUAGGAUAGGGUAGGUGUUGGAGAGGGAGCUGGGUUGUGGGUAGGAUAGGUGUUGGAGAGGGAGCUGGGUUGUGGGUAGGGUAGGUGUUGGAGAGGGAGCUGGGUUGUGGGUAGGAUAGGUGUUGGAGAGGGAGCUGGGUUGUGGGUAGGAUAGGUGUUGGAGAGGGAGCUGGGUUGUGGGUAGGGUAGGUGUUGGAGAGGGAGCUGGGUUGUGGGUAGAGUAGGGUAGGUGUUGGAGAGGGAGCUGGGUUGUGGGUAGAGUAGGGUAGGUGUUGGAGAGUGACCUGGGUUGUGGGUAGAGUAGGGUAGGUGUUGGAGAGUGACCUGGGUUGUGGGUAGAGUAGGGUAGGUGUUGGAGAGGGAGCUGGGUUGUGGGUAGGGUAGGUGUUGGAGAGGGAGCUGGGUUGUGGGUAGGAUAGGGUAGGUGUUGGAGAGGGAGCUGGGUUGUGGGUAGGAUAGGGUAGGUGUUGGAGAGGGAGCUGGGUUGUGGGUAGGAUAUGUGUUGGAGAGGGAGCUGGGUUGUGGGUAGAGUAGGGUAGGUGUUGGAGAGUGACCUGGGUUGUGGGUAGGAUAUGUGUUGGAGAGGGAGCUGGGUUGUGGGUAGGAUAGGGUAGGUGUUGGAGAGGGAGCUGGGUUGUGGGUAGGAUAUGUGUUGGAGAGGGAGCUGGGUUGUGGGUAGGAUAGGGUAGGUGUUGGAGAGGGAGCUGGGUUGUGGGUAGGAUAUGUGUUGGAGAGGGAGCUGGGUUGUGGGUAGGAUAGGGUAGGUGUUGGAGAGGGAGCUGGGUUGUGGGUAGGAUAGGUGUUGUAGAGGGAGCUGGGUUGUGGGUUGAUAAGCAGGUGAAUAAGCAUUGUGUAGCUCGGCUAGAAAUUAAAGACAGGAAGCUUUGCGCGCAGAGCGAAGGAGCGUUUAUUUUGUGCACGGCGCCACACCAGAGCAUGUUCCUGUGAAGAAUAAAAAGGUGCGGGUCUGAGCAGUGCUCUGAUUGCCAUGAAAAUAGGACUCAGAUCCGCCACUUUGUUCUCCCCAGAAAUGAUGAGAACAAUAGUACCCCCCCCCACCCCCCACCCCCCACCCCCACCCACCAGUCCAUGUCAUCUGCAGCUCAGUGAGGGUCUCCAUGGAAACCAAAACAACUUAGCAGCGGCUGGUAAUGUAUAAUGACAGGAUCCUGAGGCUAAAGGAGAGAAAACUGACUUUGACUGACCCUCUGAAAGAUAUGAGCAGGGGCGGACUGGGACCAGAAAUCGGCCCUGGCAUUUUUAACACACCGGCCAGUUUGUUCCUUGGGGCCCCCAUUAUUAGCCAGAUAAUGAUACGUUUGUGCAAAAAACCCAAGUUAGACAGGCCCACUGGGCUAAAAAUGGACCAGACCAUCUGGCAUUUGCCUAAAAUGCCAGAUGGCCAAUCCGCCCUUAGAUAUGAGAUAUAUCAAUGUGUGUGGUAGAGGGGGAGUACAGAAUGUGUGAUUUUUAGAGCUUUGUUUUCAACUUUUAAUUUUCUUCUACCCAGUAGAUUUCUAGAUGUUUCUUACAGAGUGCAGUAUACAGUACUCCCCCAGCCACCUGGAUGGAUGCAAUAUACUGCAUUAUUCCACCUGUUGCUCUGAGACUGAGACUGAGAGGUAGAUCACAUGACUACCCCAGGCAGACCGAUAAACUGACAGACUGACAGACAGACUGACAGCUCCCCUGCUCAAGACAACACAGCUAUCCUCUGGAUCCCUAGUCUUAGACAAAUGUCUGUCUUAUCAUCGAGUAUAUAACUUACCUUUAUUUACAAUACCACUUCCAUGCCUAUAGUUACAGUAUAUUUUUCAGUUUUAGUGUGUGAUUCCGGAAGUGUUUUUUUUUUGUGUGGUUGCUCAUGUGUGACAGACUGAAAGAGAUUGACUGUGUUUCCACAUUGCCCAAGGGAGUGUAAUUGUGUUAGUUUAAUCAUGUGUGACGGAUGAACAGACCAGUCAGAGUGAUGGAGAAGAUGUGAGGCCAGCCACACUAAUUAUGUUGUUGUGAGGGGCUCCCUACACACCUGCCUUUCUACCCCUCUCUCACACCCUGCUGUGACUAGCACAGAGUUACUUGUCAAGCUUCAACCCUGUGUUCUACCCCUCUCUCUUUAAUGUUAGCUCAACUGUAAAAUAAUAAAUGUCACAUUUUCAUGUUAAGGAGGGAAUACAGUGCAUUCGGAAAGUAUUCAGACCCCUUGACUUUUUCCACAUUUUAUUACGUUACAGCCUUAUUCUAAAAUGGAUUAAAUAAAUAAAAAUACUCAUCAAUUUACACACAAUACCCCAUAAUGACAAAGCAAAAACAGGUUUUUAGAACAUUUUAUUUAUAUAAGUAUUCAGACCCUUUGCUAUGAGACUCGAAAUUGAGCUCAGGUGCAUUCUCAGGUGCAUCCGGCCAAACUGAGCAAUCGGGGGAGAAGGGCUUUGGUCAGGGAGGUGACCAAUAACUCAAUGGUCACUCUGACAGAGCUCCAGAGUUCCUCUGUGGAGAUGGGAGAAACUUCCAGAAGAACAACCAUCUCUGCAGCACUCCACCAAUCAGGCCUUUAUGGUAAAGUGGCCAGAAGGAAGCCACUCCUUAGUAAAAGGCACAUGACAGCCCACUUGGAGUUUGUCGAAAGGCACCUAAAGACUCUCAGACCAUUAGAAACAAGAUUCUCUGGUCUGAUGAAAACAAGAUUGAACUCUUUGGCCUGAAUGCCAAGCGUCACAUCUGGAGGAAACCUGGCACCAUCCCUACGGUGAAGCAUGGUGGUGGCAGCAUCAUGCUGUGGGGAUGUUUUUCAGCGGCAGGGACUGGGAGGGAAAGAUGAACGGAGCAAAGUACAGAGAGAUCCUUGAUGAAAACCUGCUCCAGAGCGCUCAGGACCUCAGACUGGUGUGAAGGUUCAACUUCCAACAGGACAACGACCCUAAUCACACAGCCAAGACAACGCAGGAGUGGCUUGGGGACAAGUUUCUGAAUGUCCUUGAGUGGCCCAGCCAGAGCCCGGACUUGAACCCGAUUGAACAUCUCUGGAGAGACCUGAAAAUAGCUGUACAGCGACGCUCUCCAUCCAACCUGACAGAGCUUGAGAGGAUCUGCAGAGAAGAAUGGGAUAAACUCCCCAAAUACAGGUGUGCCAAGCUUGUAGCGUAAUACUCAAGAAGACUCAAGGCUGUAAUCACUGCCAAAGGUGCUUCAACAAAGUACUGAGUAAAGGGUCUGAAUACUUAUGUAAAUGUGAUAUUUCAGUUUGUUAUUUUUUCUAAAUUUGCAAACAUUUCUAAAAAACGGUUUUUGCUUUGUCAUUAUGGGGUAUUGUGGGUAGAUUGAUGAGGGGAAAAAAUGAUUUAAUCCAUUUAAGAAUAAGGCUGUAACGUAACAAAAUGUGGAAAAAGUUAAGGGGUCUGAAUACUUUCCAAAUGCACUGUAGCUCUUAUUUUUCAGGGAAGAUCCGUUUGUAUCCUAAUCUUAGGGGGAAAACAAUUUAGUAAAUUGUGUGUGUGUGUGUGCGUGUGGGUAUGUGUGUGUCCAGGAAACGAGCCGUCACCCCUGUCGUCAGUGGAGAGCUACAACCCUGUGAAGCGGCGUUGGGAGUACGCUGUCCCCAUGCCCAGCCCCCGCUGCUGCUGUGCCCCCCUGCAGACCCCCAACAUGCUGUUCCUCAUCGGGGGUGUGGCCCAGGGGCCCAGCAACGCCGUGGAGGCCCUCUGUCUCAGAGAG